AUGUUAAACAAACAUUGCUUUGAAGCUUUAGACAGAUCUCUUAAUGACAUUAUGAAGACUCAGUUUACCCAUGAUUAUGGCAUUCCAUUCGGAGGUAAAGUUGUGGUACUAGGAGGCGACUUUAAACAAAUACUUCCAGUUAUUUCCAAAGGAAGUCGUUCAGAAAUUGUCGGUUCAGCUAUCAAUUCUUCAUAUUUGUGGAAGCAUUGCAAGGUAAUGAAGCUGACUAUUAAUAUGAGAUUGCAAAAUGCUACAUCGACUUCUUCAGCUGCAGAAAUAAAAGAGUUUGCAGAUUGGUUGCUUCAAGUGGGAGAUGGUACAGUUAAAACGAUUGAUGGGGAAGAAACACUUAUUGAGAUUCCUCCAGAUCUUCUUAUUGAACAGUGUAAGGAACCGUUGCUUGAAUUAGUUAAUUUUGCAUAUCCAAAACUUGCAAAUAAUUUGCAAAAAAAUUCAUUCUUUCAAGAAAGAGCGAUCAUUGCACCAACACUUGAAUGUGUAGAGGAAAUCAACAACUUUAUGUUAGCAAUGAUUCCUGGUGAUGAAACAGAAUAUUUGAGUUGUGAUACUCCGUGCAAGUCAGACGAAGAUUCGGGUGUCAAUGCAGAAUGA